AUGUAUAAAUUCAACAAGAGUUAAACAGUUCCACCAAGGGCUAAGGAGAAAAGCAGCAUUCUUGCUCUCUGUGUUAAUUGCGAAGAAUUUAUUCCCAUUGAUAGAAUAGAUCUUCAUACCUAAAUUUGUACUUAGGUUUCCAAUAAAGUACGCAAAUUUGCGUUUUCUUCCUUUUAUUUCGAAGAAAACGAUUUCAAAUUGAAGAAAUUGAAAACCAAUUUAUCAACUAAGAAUUAUUAGCAUACCUAAAGAUUGUGUCGAAUUUGCGAACUGGUAACGCAGAUCAAUUCCAUUGGAUAUGUUGAAGAGGCAUCCUUAAUAGAAUUCGAAUAAGAACUAAUCCUUAUGAGUAAGGAACCAAUUCAAUCUUUGAAUUUAUCACUAUAUAUCGAAAGAUUACACUCUCUUGUAAUACAAAGAAUAUAAAUCAUUUAAAAUUAGUUGAAUUCUAAAGUUAUUAGGCCGUCUUAAUCUUAAUAAAACUUUUAUCCAUAAACUAGUACUGUUUUUAAUUCAAAACAAUCUAAAAUCUCAACAGGUUCUACUCAAACUUUGAGCAAUAUUAAUUUAUAAAAUUUAAUAUCUAACAAAUUUGAAGAGUCAGAAAUUUUAGUUUCAGGUCAUAGAAUUUCAUCAAGUCAAAUCCCAGAGAAUCGCAUGACAACUAUUACUCGAUUCUCAUAGGAUAGUGGAAAUUAAUAAUAGGUACUUACUUCCCAAUAAAGGAGAGGUGAAGUCCUGUUAACUAAUAUUAGUGAAUAGUCAGUAGAAUCAAUAAAAGAAUAUGUUAAUCCAAAAACCUUUGCUUAACGCUGCUUUUAUUCCAAGGUUUUAAAUAUGAAAUUAGAAUACCCAUAAACAAGUCCCGCUUAAAAAAUUCCUGUUUCCUUACUAUGGAAAUUGGCAGAGUAAAGGUAAAUAAAAUCUGGAAAUUGGGAUUUAUUUAUUCAAUAAUGUCUUGAUAACCCUUUUGAAUAUGUGGAUCCUAAGAAAUUCAAUAAAAGUUUCAAUAAUUCAAUCUAAUAUCAACACAAAUAUUGA